CGCCAUAAUGAAAUCCCAUGGUGUACAUUUCGUCGUAAAACACAUGCAAGAAGACGGAAGAUUAACGUUGUAGUUUGAUAUACUUAUACCUCAAUGAUGUAGCCAGGAAGAAUGUCAGAAGCACAGCCUGGUGGCCUCGCCCAGAACCUUCCAAAAAUCAAGAAACAAUCUACAAAAGACAAUGUAAGGAAUGUGUCUAUAAAGAGUCGAGAUGCUCAGGACAUCGUCAGUACAGCUGAGCACUCCUACCUGGACAGUCAGUUCAGCAGCUGGGACAUCACCUCCGUCAAACUCAUCAACAACAAGGAGCUAGACGAACAGUACAGAACCAAAAGAGCAGAGUUGAAAGAAGAUGGCCGACAUACCAGAGAUGUGCAAGAUCUGUUUGCUUUCUUACUUGUGAAAGAUGAAAAAUUAGUUAACCAGAUCACCCAAUAUGGACUUCGUUCCCGAGAGAUUUCAUUCAACGCCCUUGGAGACAGUAAGAUGGGUGUGCAUGUUUGUCGACAUGCCGAUGUUCAAUUGCGACUGGCGGAGGUAUGGGGUCUGGAUACCUGUAAUAUCGUCAUCUUCAAGGUGAUCCUAGGAAAGUGCAAGGUCCUGAGCACACAAGGGAACACUUCAGAAAAUGUGGAGCCCACGCCGAAUUUUGACUGUCACAUCAGUAAAACUAAGCCUUCCCUCAGUGAUUCAGUGUCUAUCCAGGCUGCAAGGUCACAGAUAUACUUGUACGAGUACAAUGAGGACUGUGAAACUGUGGAGAGGCCUCGACACUGUAUCCCCCAUGCCAUCGUGUCGUACAAUAGGAAGUCCUCCAGGACCGUGGACACCAAAGCCAAGGGUUACACGUCGGAGAAAUCCUCCGGGUACAGCAGAACUGUCAACAGGUCUGCUGAUAACUCCAGAUCCAGUAGACCCACUGCACGUCAGCUUCUACAGUCUGAUGUACACGUGUCCCCAGCUGCUGCGACAUUGGCAAGACAGCCAUCAUGGCCAGCAAGAAUCGUGACAGAGGGAGAGGGUCAGUCAGUCCAAACCUCACCACGUAUACCCGUGAGGUCUUUUUCAUCUGAUACAACCCUGCCCACCACUUACAGGAUAGGCCAAGACCAACAGAUGCACCCAAGUCCUGGGUUAGAGACUGUGGAUGUCUAUCAGACCAGAAAGGACCCUCGUGUAAGGAGGAAUAGUGCACAGGAGUUGGAGGAGCUUAGUGCACAAGAUGUUGAUUUGAGGCCAAACCGAGGGGCUAGUCAGGAUUUUGAUGGUAGAAUUAUGCAGGUAGCCGACUACAACCACGGACAUUUCGUUACAGGUGCAAGUCAGUCCAACCUUGUAACAGACAGCUCAUUAGCCUGGUUUGAUAACACUUCAGGAAGUGAUGUGUCCUUUUCUUCGCAAGAUGUUGAUUAUCGUAAAAUGUAUCGUAGUCAGGCGGAACAGGUGUCAAGUGCGGGUGGUGAGGCGAACUACGAAACCUAUUCUACUGUAGGUCGCAGGCUGUCACAAGGCAGUGGUUGUGUUCUUAGUGAUCCCAGACUUAAUAGGACACAGGGCAGAAGUAUUUCAUCUGAAUCUCAACUGAGUGAGGAUGGGCAAACAGGGGGAGAUAACUCUAAUAGCGACGCUUCAUCUAACAGGAAGAAAAAGGUGAAAACUCAGAUAUCCCUAGCAGCGUACAAAGCUCGUAAAAAACAAAUAGAAGAAUCGAAAACUUCUGAAUUUAGUCCUUCAGAAAAUUCACCAGUGCCAAACAUCAAUAUGGAUGUAGACAAUUUGAAAAACAUUUUACAGACUAUGAAUCCAAAUCGGGAUAAUCCUGCUGCAUCAACCACUGUUGGGUCCGUAAGUGCUGUUGAAGCAUCAGAAAUUCUUGAAAAGUUUGAUAGAAUACCAGAUGUUAAAACUCAUCUUGCAAAUUUUGAUGUUUCAAAUUUGAAAAUGAUUCUCGAAACUGCAAAAACGCCAACAGAAACACCAACGUCCCCUGGAUUUCCCUCUCAAGAUACACCAUCAAAGUCUGAAAAGUCCUCCGUAAAAAAUGGAUUGGAAUCUAAUUCAAUUGAGAGCAAUUCUACCCAUGAUGAAUCUCAAAACACUGAAUCUAAGCAAACAAUACCUGAACAAAGUGAACAAAUAGUGUUUUCUUCAUCCUUGAGGAACAAAACUGAAGACGAAAUAAUAUUUUUUCCGAAUGUUAAAUCAAAAGAUUUGAAACCUAUAACUCGCGAUCAAAGCCCUUCUAGUGUAGUAAUGUUAACGGAACAAAAAACUGCAACAGUGAAAGGUGAUACUGCCAGGGCAGGAGGAGAAAGUGUGACAGAGGACUCCUUCUUUUCCCGUGUGAAAUCUGAAGGGGAAUUUAGCACAGACAGAAGCAAGAUACCAGGUCUGAGUGCCAGCCCUUCCGAGGAAAGCGAAAAUAUGGACGCAGACCUUGUAAAACAACAUGUUUCUAGUGAAAGUGUUUCGGACAGUAAGUCUGAUAAUAGUGCUGUUUUAAGUGAGACGACACUGCCACCAAUAAUAACCGGUGAAUCAACGCCAUUUAAACACAAACGUCCUCAUUUCCUAGGUGACGGUAUUGACAACAAGAUCUCGCCGAUUAGCCACGGUGAGCAUGACGAUUCGGACCUUGGUAACAUCUCGUGUGAAGGGUCACUCGCCUCUCACCACACUUCUCUUGAUAACACCUUGAAUUCCUCCCCGAUCAAGUCUUUCAGCGAAUUUCACCAUCUCACUCCAAAACAGCUGAAAGCCUUCAUCGAGUCCCAGACCCAGUUGAUGAAGCACUACAAAGACCCGAGAGAUUUUAAGACUGCUGCAGACAGGGAAUCACCUGAAGAGAAAAAGAAACUGUAUAGGCCAACAAGUGGAACUGCGUCAUCACCUUUAACCAUUUCCAGUGAGAGCAGCUCCCAGAAAACACUAGAGACUGCUGAUAGCCAAAAGUCCUAUAUGGCUGAUGUAUCCAGCCAGGAGAGUUCUAGUAUGUUGAUGUCAAAACCGAAAGCGAAACCAAAAGUCAAGGCUAAUAAGGACAUGAUGGGUUAUAAGAGACGACGUCGACGUAAAAAGAAGAAGAAAACGGAUAACACAGACGAUGUGGAUACAGAGAGUAUCAGUUUAACCAGUACCACCUCCUCAGAUUACCUUUGGAUGGACGACAACUUCGACCGGCUUUCGGACAGGAGCAGGGUCACCCCAACGCCCUCCGAGUGUGCAGAGACACGCCAAUGUCGAUCGGAUAACACCCUGACUCUAUCAGAUUAUCAGCUCUCCCAUUGGACACAGGCGGCUAUACGCCCAGACUUCCAACCAAGAGUAGUCCUAACAGAUGUCAGGAAACGGACUUGUUCAAUAUCAACAGGAAGUGAAAUAUCAUGGAAAAUAUCAAGCACAAACAGUACAAUUGAGCUGGAACAAGAAACAGAGCCUGCCAGUGGGAAAGACCUCCAGCUGGACACAGACGAUAUGUACACGAGACACACAGAGGAGCGGGUGAAACAGUGGAUACAAGUCGCCAGGAAAAAAAUCAAACUCACACUCAAACCUGUCAAAAAGGAGGAAGAGAAAAAAACGGAGGAAGCGAAGGAAGCUGUCAGUGUUAUACCAGUGUUUGUUGGGAGUGGUCAAACUCAAAUGCCCAGUUCUCCAGUCAAACAGGAUCUGUUAUCUGAGAAUAGACACAUGUCAGAAGACAAGUCGAGUUACCAGGACCCUGACCUGAAGUCUGACUAUCCGUCUAAUACAGAUGCUGCUGUUGCUGUUCCUGAAUUGGCACAGAGGUCUGAGUAUCUUCAAAGAGAUCCAACAUCUUCCUCGCAUUAUAUGGAAACACCAGAUUCAUACACCACACCUCCCUCAACCUACAAUGAUGCUGUGACAACUUUUAAACCCCCUGUGACAACAUACAACCCUACAGUGACAACUUACACCCAUUCUGUGACAACAUACAACCCUCAGGUGACAACUUUCACCCCAUCUGUGACAACGUACAACCCCCCUGUGACAACGUACAAUCCUCAGGUGACAACAUACAACCCGCCUGUGACAACUUACACCCCUCCAGCAACAGUAGCUUACAACCCUUCUUUGACAACACAUAACCCUCCAGCGACAACUUAUAACCCGCAAGCGACAACCUACAAUCCUCCUUUGACAACCUACAAUCCUUCUGUGUCCACAUAUACCCCUCCAGUAACAUCUUACAACCCUUCUGCAACAACCUACAAUCCUGCUGUGUCCACAUAUAUCUCAUCAGCUCCGGCAUACCCCCCACACACUGCCGCAGCCAGUGUGCCAAACACAGUGUUUGCUCAGCCUAUGUUGCCUGCAGCUUCAAGCUACCCUCCACAUACAAUGGACACCGCCACUGUCCAAGCAUCCUCCUAUCCUCCUCAAGGGAGCACCCAGAUGAUGCCUCCCAGUAGGCCACCACUCGACACUGGGCAGGAUCCACUGGCUUCUCCUCUACAGCCUCCACCUGGUGCCAGAGUACAAAUGCCGCCGGGUCCUCCCAGACCACAGCCACCUUUGCAGCCUCCACAGGCACCUGUUGGUAUGUCUAGGCCUCCUCACAGACCCUCCUCAUUUGAUCCAAGACUCCAGAAUGCACCAGCCAUUUUACCAAGAGUAAUAGAUGAGCAGGUCCCGAGACACCAAGCUCAAAUGACCAUCAGCGAGGCAGGCAGACCUCCCAAUCCUAAUUACUUGGCAGCUGCAGCAGCUGGCCCACCUCAUCACCUACAGCUAAGUCAGCAUGCUCCUCUCCAGCGACCUCCUGGUAUGCGGCCUCAAAUGGUCAGUAAGGCUCCACCAGUGUUGCAUGGGUCGGACAUGAUGGGUGGGAUGUCAUCUGGUGAACAGUUGCCAUACCCACCAAAUACUCCCACCAAUAUAGGUCCAGGACCAGCUGGAAAUCCUGGUUUGCAUCCUCCGCACCAGCCUCAGUUCUUCUCUUCUUCACAUCAGCAUCCUCCUCCACAGAUGCAUCAGCAUCCACAGAUGUCUUCUGCAAUGCCACAUCUUCCUCCCUCAGGAACCUCAAUAUUAGGACAAAGACCUGGCCAGACACGACCAAAUAUGGCCAUACCACCACCAAGGACCCAGGUGCCAGGAGUUUCAGCUGCGAUGGCUACAAGGCCACCUCAUCCUGGGGGCCAGUUGCGUCCCCCUGGUGUCAUGAGAGGGCCGGGUGUGCCUCAACAGAUUGUUCAUCAACCAAUCCGAGGGCCAGGUCCACCUCCUCAAGGAAUUAACCAGCCUCAGUCACUGGGUCAACAAGGGCCAAGACAGCAAGUUCAUAUGGGGAAUGGUCCUCCUCUGAACAGACCACUUCAUCAUGUUCGACCACCUGUUCAUCAAAUGGGUGGUCAUCCACCUCAAACUUCGCCUUCUGCUAAUGUUCCUCUUGGAGGUAUGCAACCUAGGCCUCCAAAUCAGAUACCUACUUUGGUGAGGAUGCAACACCAACAACAAGGAGGUCAAUACCAAGUCAGUGGCUUUCCUCCUCCUCCUCAAAAUUCUUCAGGGAUGUUUAGGUCAGGGGCAUUCGCACCUCAAGGUGGUCCUCCGGGCAAUCUUCAGGGCGCUCCUCCAGGAAUGCCUCAGCAUCCUCAACAGCACUACCCCAACACUGCCCCACCUUUCCAACAGCCUCGCAUGCAACAUAAUUUCCCUCCUGGCUACAAUCGGGCACCACCAUUAAACCCAAUGGCAGCACCACUUGUGGCAACAACAACCACAAAGAGAUCUUCAGAUGUAAUGGAUUGGUUCACGGAUAAAUUGGCACCCAAGAAGUCAAGUUCAGAUACUGGAGAUCAUGGAAAUAAAACUGGGUCGGCAAACAGUUUGUUCGAUAUAGCCUUCAGUGGCACCAAACCAAAUACCAGACCUGAUCAUUUUUUAGGGAUUAGCAGCCAGCACAUGUGUGCUGGCACCCCAACAACUCAAGGACCAGAAGGAACGGAGAAACAGGAAGGGACAGACAGGCACAAGGGAAAGGAAAGACAAGAGGAAAAUGACAGACAUAAAGGAAUGGUGAGACAGGAAGGACAGAACAGGCAUGAGGGAUUGGAAAAGCAAGAGGGAAAGAACGUACUUGAGGGAAUGGAAAGACAUACGGAACAGAAUAGGCAGGGAAUGAAGAGACAGGAAGGAAUUGACAAACAUGAGAGAAUGGAAAGACAAGAGGGAAAGAACAGACAUGAGAGAAUGGAAAAACAUAGCGUAAAGGACAAACAUGAAGGAACAGACAGACAGGAGGGUAUAGGCAUACAGGAAGGAAAGGAAAAACAUGAGGCAAUGGAGAUACAGGAGGAGGUGGAUAUGGAAAUCGAGACCAGCAGUGAUGACAGUCAGGAUGUCAUCAUUGUUCUGGGCGAGGAAGAAACAAUGGCCAACAAACAAAAAGAUUUCUAUGAUGCCGAUGCUGUCAGGACAGAUAUUUUAAAGCGCAACGUGGAAAACUAUGACAGCAGCAAUGAGACGAUUCUUUUAGAUGAAAAAACAGACGAGAAAAAUACCUGUGACAUGGUCAGGGACAUAAAAUGUGACUUUUCAACUUCAGAAUCGUCUGUUGAUAGCUCGGGCAACGGCAGGAUCAAGGACAGGAAUGGAAACUUGGAAGAAUAUAAACAAGAUUCUUCUGAUUCUGUGCCAGUAACAAUGCAAAAACUGAAACCAGUGUUGGAUUUCCUGAACAGAAAUGUGUUGACAGAGAUGGACAUAAACAACCUGGCAGACCCGAGCAGACGGUCAGGGAUAGAACUUCCCAAACCAGAAACUGCAACAACAUCAGGAAAAAAUAUAAUGCAAGGGAUUCACCAGGAACAACCCAAGAUAAUUGAUUCAAUCCAAAAAAGCAAGGUGCAUGCUGUUGAUAAUCAGAAUGUUACGACCACUGCAUCAACUAAAAACAAUGUGGAGGAAGGAAUAGGUGGUCUGAUUCUCCAUGUUUCAGAAAGUACUUUGAAGAAAAUUGACAAUCAGACACUGCAGAACUUGUCAUCUGUGAAGAUACAUAAUAAAUCAGAGACCUUACCUUGUACUGCGCCAGAUGGACAGAAAACUGAAUCUCCAGUUUUACAGACAAAAAGUGUUUUGAAACUUGGAGAUCAGUUUGUGCCUUCUGUACUGUUAAGAAGAGGCCUUUUGAAAGGAGCUGAAGCAGACAAAUUGAAACAUCCAGUCAUAUCGAAAAAAGUGGUCUCAAAGGAAGACAAACUUAAUGAACCAACGUCGCCCACGUACAGUGUUUUACGAGGAGCUUCAGACACUGGCAAAGAAACAAAUGACUGUACAGAAAAAUCUUUGAAGAUUAAAUUGACCAUUGGAACGCCAAAUUCUUCUUCUGUACCAGAACUUGGAGCUGCUGCUGCUGGGGCAGUGACGGAUAUGUCUUUAAAAGUGGCUAGUGAGGACAUAUAUGUUCUGGAUGACCUUAAAAAAACGCUACCCUCAUCAACUCCGAAUCGAGAAAAGGAAUUGUCACAGCAAGCCGCUACUGACAAAUGUGACAAGGAAAUGAACAUUGAACAAAAUACUUCUUCGUCAUCUGACUUUGACAUACUAGAUGCUAUAUUAGUAAAAGAUUUGACAGAAAGUAAGAAAUCUGGAAAAAAUCUUGUGAAUAUAACUCAUUCAAAGAAAAAGUCUUCAGCGAGUAAUGAUAGUAAGAAAACGAUAUCGGGGACGAAAAAAGUGGAAGAUAAUUACGAUAAAAAACACAAAACAACAUGUAUAUAUAAUGCCAAGACUGGGGCAUGGACCACAAAAUCAUCAGAGGAAAAUACAUCAACGGAAAGCGACAUUGGCGACUACAGUCCCAGCAAGGAGUAUUGGAAGACCGUCCAAAUUUACGAGGAUUUGGAAACAAGCUUUGGAACUGAAAGUGAAAGAGAGCACAAUGCCAGGAGAGAUGGAUCAUGGCUGAGUAGAACCAGGCAGUAUUCACUGGGUGACAGCAAGGACAAUGAUAGUGAAACUAGUAUAUUCGAUCCAAAGAUUGGUGCAUGGGUUGACAGGGGUUCAGUCUCCAGGAAAUCGGAGGAGAGAGCGGAAUCCAAAAGGAAUGCAGUUGUGUAUGAUUUCAGAAGAGGUGCAUGGACGACAGGUGAAGAGAUGUCCUCAUAUAAAUCCAAGAAUAAAGAGUCAAUUGAUGACAAUAAAAGGCGUUCCAAGAGUACAGACUGUGAAAUUGAGGUCAUUGGUGGAGGCAUGAAGGAGGGUAAGGAAUCAGAAAAAAUGCCUAUUAAACAAAGUGAAUUUGACAGAACUGCAACUUCCAACCGCCUCAAUGCUACCAAAGACGGUAAUAUUGCUGGAGAGGGAAAGACUGAUCAGAGACAGGUGUUAUUGGGUGACAAGUCGAAGCAGCAACAGAGUGGUACAAGCGAUGGUACAACGAACACUAUACCAUCUAAUUCUAACAUUCCUUGCAUAAGUGACACAACAUUAGAACCGAAAAGUUCAGCUGGUGCUAAGGAAGUCGUCAUAGAUACCAAAGCUUCUAUUCCAGAGAAUCGGGAAAUGUUGAGCCCUUUGAAAUCUACAGCAAGAGAUAACGUAGCACAAAGCAAAAUGGAUAAGAAGAAAACCAGCUCUACAUCUCCACCAGGCAAACGACAGAAAACAACUAAAGAAAUUCCAUUCAAGACAGGAACCAUCAGUGACUUGUUUUCUGACAGCGCUAAAACCCAAAAAUCAAUUGCAUAUCAGUUAAGUAGGUCAAUGCCAGGUAGGGGAAGAUCAACAAGUUAUUCGUCAUCGGAGGAAAGCUCGAGAAGGAGUCAGGACUCGUGGAACUACAACAACAUUUAUGGAAGGCAGUCAUGGAAACGUUAUUCAAGAUCACCUAGUUACUCGCCUAGAUCAAGGCCAAGGAGACGAUAUUCAAGGUCACGUAGUUCUUCUUCAGAAAGAAGGCAGAGAAGAAGGUAUUCAAGGUCACGUAGUUAUUCUUCAGAAUCGAGGUCAAGGAAAAGGUAUUCCAGGUCACGCAGUUAUUCUUCAGAAUCAAGGUCAAGGAGACGACAUUCAAGGUCACGUAGUCGCUCAUCAUCUAGAUCAAGGAAACGCUACUCAAGAUCACCAAGUUAUAGAUCUAGAUCAAGGUCAAGAAGGCGAUACUCAAGGUCACCUAGUUCGUCUGUUUCAAGGUCACGGAAACGGAAUUCAAGGUCACCAAGUUAUUCAACAAUAUCAUCAGCUUCAGAUAGAACAGCCUUCAGUCCUAGAGGAUCCUGGAGAGGACAUAGGAGGCACUCUGAUGCACAUAGGUCUGUACACAAUAGAAGAUCACGCAGUCGCUUUUCAAGGUCACCAAGUUAUUCAUCCAUAUCAACAGUCUCUGAUGUCAGACCUAGUCAGUAUCAAAGUCGAAGAAGAUCGAGAAGUCGGUAUUCAAGAUCACCAAGUUGUUCUACUGUAUCAACCAGUUCUUGUAGAAGUUUUAGUCCAAGGACAAAAGAUAAAUCCAGUCCAUGGGCCAGUUCUGAUUCUAGUAGACAACCUAGAUAUUCAAAGUUCACAUCAAGCAGAUUUCCACUGUCACAGAAGCCACCAGAUGCUGACAAGAGAUCUAAAAUAAAUCCAGCAAUUAAUAAUGAUCGCAAAACAGUACAUGACAACAGUCAAGAAGUUACAAAUGAAAGGAAACAAUCCAGUCCAAGUUUUACUGAUAAAAAUGCAAAAGAUGUUUCAUCGUCUAAGGCCGGAACCAGUGAAUCAUCUUAUUCAAGUUCACAAAAUAGUCAUCACAAAGGAGGAGGUUCUUCUCCGACCUCCAAGAAAAUUGAUUUGGAUUCUGGACAUAGACGUUUGUUCCGUGAUAAACCUCCACCUGACUAUUCACGAUCUCCUUUCCAUCACAGGGAAGCUGGGCGUGAUCGCUGUAGAAGUCCUUCACCAAGACAAGACAGGAUAUCUAAAGAGACGACCCCAUUAAAACAGGACCCACCAAACGUGCCUCGUAUAUCAUCCCCGUACAGUCCGUCAUCCCCGACAAAGGGAUGUCCUGGGGAUUUGAGUCCAAUUUUCAGCCGUGUGGAGAACACUGCAGAAAAGCUCAGUUCAAGAGAUAGUGCUUAUGCAAAGCCGUCCUCAGCUCUCGGCAGGAGUCCCGAUAGAAAUGUCUCAAACAUGGCAUCCAGACUCCCCCACACAGACAGACCUAAACAAUUGUCUUAUCAUCCCCUCAGGGACUCCGGUAACUCUAAGGAGGAGGUGCCCAUCAAAUUUCUCUUUAAAGACAAGAUUACAAGAAAAGUAUCUCUCUCACCUGAGAGACCAUCGGACAGAAAUCCCCAUUCAUGGCAAACACUUUCUGGAAAUACACAAAGAAAAGAGCGAUAUUCAAGGAGCUCUUCUCGGGAUAGAGCUAGAGAUUUUCCUGUUUCUUCCUCAAUAUCUCAAGCCAAAAGACCCAGGAAAGAAAUAGCCGAAUCUUUUGUGGCUGAUAGACGUAAUGUCCAAACAGGAAGGGAUUUAAGAGCAGAGAGCUCUUCAUCAUCAAAAGAUUCACUGCUUCAGCGUAGAUCUCACAAUGACGACUUCCGACAUGUGAGUGCUAGGAAAACAGAAACUACUGGUGAUCAAAGGAAAUUUGAACAGUUUGACAGUUUCUCAUUGGAUUAUUUAGCGAAAGCUCAGGAGAAGCUGAGACGGGAGCUUUCUGGUCUGGAUGGCCCAGGAUGCAGUGCUGAAUCACAAGACUUGGACACAGGUAAACACAACGAAAACACCCGUUCAAAACCCUCGGAAGAAAUCAGAGUUAUAAGUGUUGAGAGAAAGAAACCAUUAGUCAGCUAUGAUUCCCAAUCAAGGAAAGAGAUAUCUGAUAGAGGUCAGAACAAAGAUAUAGAUUUAACCAAUACAAUUGAAAGAAAGGAGCUGCCUCUCUACAGAAAUUCCUGGAGACGAGUGAGUGACCAAGACGAACAUCAAAUAAUCCGAGAUGUGUCUGACAGGACCAUUGACCGAAGGGUGGUCAUCAAAAGUCAAGAGGAUGACUGCUACAGUCAACAUAGCUCAGGUAGGGACAGGAGUGACUUUCAUCCAAAAGUUGAUGUUCACAGAAAGGAUGACCUUUACCCCAGGGAUAAUUAUCACGGUAGAGGUGAUGUUUAUACUGGGAACACUAUUUACCCCAAAGAUGGCCCAUACAAGAACUUUCCUGACUGGAAAAACAACCCACGGACUAACCAUCCUUAUAAGAGGGACAGCUCAGUGGGCAAUGUUGCCGACGAUUGGUCACAGUCGCUAAGCAUCAAGGGAGUUCAGGAGCGAUUACUGGGCACAAAGACAGGAACACCAUUAAAACCGGGACAAAAAGGCCAAGGUGAAAAUUUUAAUGACUUGUUAAUGAAGGAACAGAUGAGACACAAUAUCAUUAAGAAAAAGCCUCUGGAAAAUGUUCCUCAAGAAACUGCUUUAUCUAAAGGUGAAAGGACAGUAACAGCAUCGAACCAAUCAGAAUGCAUUAGUAUGUGUUCCUGUUCAACUACGAUACCGCUCUCCAAGAACGACCUGAAGGAGGAAUUAAUCAGAGUGACAAGGUCCAUGGAGAAGCUUUGGAAAGAACCUCUGGAGCAAAUGGAGUCAAUGGCCGACAGGCUUCCAAAGGAACUGGAGGAAUUCUGUAUACAGUCCGGUCUCACUCAACUAGAGUUGGAAAACUCCAAGGUCAUUCCACAGGCAAGGUCAGCUAUCAUCCGUCAAGAUGUUCAACAGUUUGAAGCCGAGAUCAAAAUGCGUAUAACACAAUCUAAUUAUUUUGGUGUGUGCAGCCAAAGGGUACCGGCUGAACUUCUUACAAAACAAGAAGAAAACAAAUUCUUCUCUGAGGAAGGCAUGUUUCUCAUUUUGUGUAAUCCAAUUCCGUCAAAGACAUAUCAAAAACUUUCAGCCCUCAAGAAAAAGCUUGAUGAAUUACAGGAUAAAAUUGACUUUGAAACAAAAAAUAGCAUGGCUUCUGUCGUAAGGAGCCUAUCCACAGAGAAACAACUUGCUCGGGAAGAAAGGAAACGUCAGUUGUUCACAUUCACAGGAUGCCUCACCAAGAAACGACUGAACAAGAUGCGGGUGAAGGAGAGAUAUUUUCUGCGUUGUUACAACUAUUUCCGGAAAGAAUACGGGGAGGCUGCCGAUGAAAUGUUCCCCUAUCUGAAGAUGUGCAUAGAUGACUCUGCCAACCACAUAGCUGUUAUGACCAAACUUAGAUCCGAGGACAAAGAUGAGGCAGCCAUCGUGGAAGAGGAAAAAAGGAAGGAGAGAGAAAAGAUUCAGCGCCAGAGAGUUUUGCAGGGAUUAAUGAUGGACAUUCGGACAGUCGACUCCAAGUUAUCGGACAUGUACUUUAGCUGUGACAUCACGGAGCACUUCCCUGCGUCAGUCAAAAGUGUCGUCCAGCACGUUCACCAGCGAGUCAACUCGGUGGCCGAGUUCUUGUCUGAGGAACUGAUGUCAGACGAGCCAAACUCGGGUGCCGUGGGGAGGCUUAGAGCUACUCACAAGUUCUGUCUCAAAGCUUACGAAUUUGUCAAGAAAAACUUGGCUGAAGCAAACAAUCCUGGUCCUUUUGGCAAAUUAUCUGGACAGGAGAUGAAGAACACAGAAUUUAACGAUGUGCGAAAAACCAAUGAAAUGAAGACAAAAAGUGAUGAAGAUGAAAGAAAACCUAACGUCACUGACCAUGUGGAAAGAAAAAAUGAUGGCAGUGAAAUGAACUAUGUUGACAAAAUGGACAGUAAGUUGGAAGACGAUGGAAUGAUAAGUGACUAUUCGGCUUAUGGAAGUGAUUGUCACGAAGGGAAAAGCAAAGGUACUGACAAAGAAACUUCCACAGGAACAAGUUGUGAUGCUCAGAAGAAAAUUGAUUAUUUUGACAUUUACAAUUCAGAGGAAGAAAGCGAUAAUGAAUUAGAAAAAAGUGACAAUUUAAGCAGGAAUAAUUCUGUGGAUUCAGACUUGAAAAGUGACAAUUUUGAUGUAGAAAGUGGGAAAAUGGCAAAAGAAAGCGAUGAGUUGAACGAUGAAGUUGAGAAUAUCGAGGAAGAGAGAGAACGAAGCUACAUGAAAAUGGAUGUUGAAUCAGAGAAGGAAAGAAUUUGUUUGGAAAGGGAGUUGAAUGAUAUGCUUGGGGCAUUUGACACUCAACAAGAAACAAGUCCCAUCAGAAAAAGGGAAAUCGAAGUCGUUGCCAAUGAACAGGAGUAGAAGAAUGAGGACAUUGGGCAAGAGGACGGCCACAUGGUGCGAACUGGCGGCAGUAAGGAGAGUGAAAGUGACAGACCACUGAGAGGAGACAAUGAUAUAGAUCAAAUCGAUGUGACAAGAGGUACAAUAGAAAUGUCGACAAUCUGGGGUUUACGACGCGUAAUGUUGUACGUCCGAGGUCAAGGAAGUAAAGAAAACUUACGCCGUACUUGUAUAACAAGAUGGUGUCCAAUAUUUCUGUUUUGUAGUAUAUGAACUAACUAGUCAUAUACAGUAGUACAUGGUUUGACUAAACUACUGUAGAUCAAAUGUGUUAAUGUGUGAAAAAAUUAAGUCUAGUAUCAACAAACAUUUUUUUCCUUAUUGAUUGAAAUCAACUUUUUUUUAUGUUUUAUUUACUUUGACGACAAGGAAACUGUCAAAGAAUUUUGAUAAACAUAAUUUGAUCAAAAUGUUAAAAAAAGGUUCCUGCUGUUUUUUCCCAUUUUUUUGGGACAAUAUUUUGCUGUAAGGAUAGAGAGUGAUAUUGUAAAAACAGAAAAAUUAAAUUAAAGAAAACCUGAUCAUGAUAAUUAAAAUCACUAAAAAGCAGUGGGAACCUAUAUAGCUAUGUUUUAAUAAUUCAUGUACAUUUGUAUGUUCUUGAUUAUAUCUCCUUGUGUUGUCUUCAAUAUUUGAGCAAAUCUUUUGACUAUAACUACACAACUCAUUGUCUUCAUAUACAUUUUGUUUAAUAAAAAAGGCAUUUUUUUCCAUUGAUGGAAUGAUGGUAUGAGAUCUGAUAAUUUGUCUCACGAAAAAUAACAAAAGCUAGAGGAACAAAGCAAACAAGAUUUGAAAGAAUGUUAUGAAACCAAACUACAGUUUAAUAGGAUACUGUGUCAAGAGAAGGGGCACAAAUAAUUGGCCCUCUUUAUUAACUAGUCGAUGACAUAUGCCAUAUUGCUGUAUGUUGACUUUCCAUGAGGGAUAUACUGUAAAUAUACCUAUUUUAGUGCACUCAAAUUUUGGAGCAUUAUCAAGUUUUAACAGAUUAGCACAUUGCUGUAUUUGCGCACCUCAAGAUAAGCAAUGAAAACAAUAUGCAGUACUUGAUGUUGUUUGUAAAAAAGAGGGUUACAAUUUUUAGUUGUUGUACCUUUUGAAAUUUCCAGAAAUAAUGCCAAUGAAUUGUAAUAGAAAUUAGGUAUUGAUGUAAUUAGUUGGGUUUUUUUUCAAACAAAACUUUUUCAAUAGAGACACCAAAUAGAACACAGCAAUAUUAAUCAAAGUGUAUGGUUUGUGAUCAAACAGAAAGUGAUCAAUAUCUGAGCUUAAUAUAGGGAAAGUUUUUUCCUUGCCAUUUUGCGUCUGUUUUAUCAAUAUUCCGGUGUGAAGAAAUGUUGAACAAUUAGAAACUGGUAGAACUGGUACAUUGCUUUCAAAAUGGUUUUUAGUCGAGUACCUUUUUUUCAUAUUUUGUUGUUGUUGUCAGUUUACUAGCUUUUGUUUUGGUUUCAUCAUUCACUUUCCUAUAUCAAUGGGAGAGGGCCUAGUAAGUUGUCAGAACUUGUGCCCAACCCCUUUAACUGUUGAAUGUCAAUACAUUUGUUUGAAUGAAUGUAAUUAUUGUCCAGUAUAGUGAUUAUACAAUUUUGAAAUCAGAUAAUGUUUUUGAAAGGUAUCCACAGUAUAUUAAGUUGUGAAUGUUUAUUAUACAAUAAAUGUGAGUGAUGUUCCAGGAUGAAAAAUAUUUCUCGGUAGGAGUUUGGUGCACACAUUGAUGAAGGAGCUGUACUCUAACCAACGAGAAAAUAUUAGAUAUGGAUUGAGUGUGGAUAUUAUAUUGUAACUGUAAUCCAGGUUGUGUUUGAUGUGCGAUUUGUAAAGUGUCUCUCGCAUAGUUUUCUUACGUCAAUGAAUAUCUUUUGACUCUUAUUGCAGAGUUAUCUGGUCUUGUGAGCAAGUAUUGAUUGUUACAUCAUUUGUUUGUGAGAGUAACGUCAUCAAU